AUGGAGCCAAUGUAUAUUGAAGAUCAAACGAUGCCUGGAAAGUCUCCCAGCACUGACGAGCGCUCGGCUCAUACUCGUACAAGAACGGUGACUCCAGUCUCUACAGACGCUCCGCUGCUGGGAUCCCAUGCAACGCUUCAAGCAUUGGCAAUCAUCAUUCCUCAAGUUCAGCAUGAAUUUGAUGUUCCAACUGCUCUUUCUGGACUUGGUUCCACAUCCAGCUUUCUUGGCAUGCUAAUAGGAGCAGGCUCUUUUGGAAUCCUCGCGGAUAUUAUUGGCCGACGGACAGCCUUCAACGCAACGCUAUUCUUGACCUGCGUCUUUGCCUUUGGCUCAGGAUUAGCACCCAGCUUUGCAGCUUUAUGUGGGUUGCUCGCGUCAAUGGGCUUUGGGAUUGGAGGUAAUCUCCCAGUGGAUGGCACGCUGUUCUUGGAAUUCAUGCCAACUGAACAACAGAAGCUGCUGACCCUACUUUCCGUGUUCUGGCCAGUCGGGCAAGUUGCCACUUCUCUCUCUGGAUGGUUUUUGAUGCCCUCACGGAGCUGCGCGUCUGCCUUAGACUGUCCUCGCUCGAGUAACGAAGGCUGGAGAUACGUACUGUUCGUUUUGGGAACAAUGACCGGAGCCAUGUUUGUUGCUCGAUUCUUUGUUUUCAGAAUGUUAGAAUCACCCAAAUUUCUGCUCUCUCGAGGCAAAAGACAAGAAGCGCUUGAUGUGCUCAAUCAUCUUGGCAGACAAGGAAAAAUUGAACUUGAUUUGACUAUUGAAGAUAUGCCACAAUUACGUGUACGCGACGACGAUGCUUCACCAAGCACUGGAAAAAUAUGGAGAACAUCUUCAUCAUGGAUGGAAGUUGUCUCUUCCAACAUGAGCAAAUUUACUCCUGCCAAUAUUCGACCGUUGUUCUCAAAGUCGAUGUGGCUGACUACCUUAUUGGUCAACUUGAUUUGGUACCAUAUUCAGCAAGAUGUUUGUCGCUUGUGGAUAUACCAUGUUCAAUGGCUACUUGCCUGCGCUCUUGGCGUUGUUUCUAUUGCCGGAGUUCCUGCUUCGUUUGCUGGCAUGUGGCUCAUUGAGACAAGUCUUGGUCGACGAGGAACAAUGGUUCUUUCUGCUAUUGGAACGGUCAUUUCGUUUGUCCUCUUCAACUUUUCGCGCUCUCAAGCAUCUCUUUUGGGUUUCUCAUGUCUUUCAACCUUCUUUUCGAAUAUGAUAUAUGGAGUCCUGUUUACUUACACCCCUGAGGUGUUUGCAUCGAGCUAUCGAGCCACAGCUUGUGGCAUCGCCUCUGCACUUGGUCGCAUUACUGGUGCUUUGGCUCCUUUGAUGUCUGGUGCCUUCCUUUCGAUAUGGUCGGACUUGCCAUUGUAUUUCGCCGCGGGCUUAAUAGGCGUCGCUGGAUUAUGCAUGGCCUUGUUGCCUAUAGAAACUAGAGGACGACCUUCGUUGUAG